CGAGUGAAGGACGGGGAACCUGCGGAGUCUCCCCGCAAGGCGAAUCAGCCUGCGGACCUCCCGCUAUUUACCUGUCUAAUCUAACGUGUCCCUGGCAUUUCAGUGUAAUUGCUGCCCGCCGUGUUGCUCUGCCUCUUUGGCAGCUGCGUUACCAAGGAUUUGGGAUUGGGAAAACAAGUUAAAUGGAAGUUUGUCACCAGGAAAUCUCCUGACUUAACUUGGACAAAGGCAGGAAGAAAAACCCUGUGCUUUUUGUGUAGCUGCGUCAACGUUGCCUUUCUGCGUACAACAUUGACGGUACACAUCCCUGCUGUAACCAACAAACAGGAAUAUCUGUGAAACAUCUUCUCUAGAAAGAAAGAUGCCCUCAUUUUGGAUGACUGCCCUCGCAGUCUAAGAGAUUGACUUUCAUGAGAAAAGAUUUUACCAUCGUUUGUGUCCAUAAGAGACAAAAAGGACUCCCAGAACAAACAUUUGGAAACAGAAGCGUAUACAGCUUGACAGCCCUUGGGCUUUUAUUGAUAACCAUCCCCAUGCAAACUGUAUUUUUAAUUUCAUAACUUCAUCAGAUACAGUGAGCUAAUAGUGAGACAAUUUGAUCUUGUGAUGGCACUCUUUUCUCAAACGAGUCAGGGUUUUCAGGCUUUGCUGUGGAAAUGUCACAUGUUCUGGCAUGUCUCAAGAUGCCGACAACUGUUUGCUGCCUCUUUCAGCAUCCCUAAUAGGGAAAAAAUUAACUCUUUCAGUUCUAUGACAUCUUCCAGCACUGCUUUACCAGUGGACCCCAAAGAAACUGAUGCCUUACCUGCCAGGAAAAGGUCUGAAAUUGAUUGUAAAGAAGGAAAAGGAUGGGAUGAGGAGACUAAAGAAAUACCUGAAGGGAAAUUCCACUUUUCUUCCUCUGUUGGAGCUUCAAAGAAAUGGUCAAUGAGUCCUUUUGUGUCAAGGCAUCGGUUUAGCAAUGUACAGCCUCCAGAAAAACCUUUGCAGGCUGAGGAAUGGAACAAACUAAGGGAAGAUUUCCAAUCACCUGAAAUAUUUGAAGAGGUGAUGCUGAACAGUAUGAUCAGGUGCAACAGCCCCAUUGAUGUGGCCAAGUCCUUGCUGACGCACCUGGCAAAGCGCAACGGUGACAUUGCCUACAACAUGCUGGUCAAGUACCUGACCCUCUGCGUGCAGCAGGGACAGGUGUCAGAAAUCCGGGACGUGUACGACAUCAUGAAGGCCAGGUUCAAGAUGUUAGAAAGCGGGGCUUACAGCCUUCUAAUCAGGGGCUUGAGCAAUUCAGAUCAGUGGAGAAUGGCCUUGACUGUUUUGGAAGAAGUAAAAAAGAUUAUGAUUCCCUCACGGACGUGCUAUGAAGCUUGUAUCAAAGCUGCCAGCCGUCACCAAGAGAUGAAACUGGCCUUUGAACUGUACAGUGAGAUGUUGGCUAAAGAUGUGGUCCCAACCUUGCACGUCCUGCAGUCGUUUUUUGACUUCAGCAGGGGUAUGAAAGGUGCUGAGCUACAAAAAGAGCUCUUUGGUGUCCUCUUAUAUUUGAGAGAGAACCAAAUAUACCCUCACAGAACAUUUAUGCAGAGUAUAAAGCUGUGGUUUGAAAGUUUACCAGGAGGGAACUGGAGAGGACGCUUGACCAAAAUUAAAGACAGUGGACAAUGCCCAGUUUGCAACCAUCAGCUGGAGGACAGUAACCUCACCGAAGAGGAAUACAGUCAUCUCAGUGAGAGAAUAAUAAAGGACGUGAUACAUGGAGCUGACACUUUUAGAAAGACAAGUCCACAGGAAUUGGAGGCCUUUCAAACAUUUGUUGAAAAUCGACUUCCGUUUGAUAUUGUUAUUGAUGGACUCAAUGUUUCCCACAUAAAAUCCAGAAAGAUGCAGUGUGAAAAUCUGUUUGAUGCUAUCAACUGCCUGGCAAAGGAGAAUGCCCGAUUGCUUGUGCUGGGCCGCAAACAUAUGCUGACAAACUCUUCAAAUUGGAAAAGAGAAAUUAUGAAAGAGAUGCAGAGUAAGGCAGACUUCUUCUUUGCUGAAAAUAUCUCUGAAGAUGACCCCUUCUUGCUGUAUGCCACUCUCCGCUCAGGCAAGCACUGCCGCUUCGUCAGCAGAGACUUCCUGCGGGACCACAAGGCCUGUCUGUCCGACAGCGUGACACGCCACCUGUUCCGCAAGUGGCAGCGCGGCCACCAGAUCGUGUUCUUCCCUGCUGCAGCAGGAAGGAGCAUCAAUUUCUUGCCAGCUUUGCGUUACGACUGUGUGGUACAGACCACAGGUGAUACAUGGCAUAUUCCCUAUAAAGAUGUUUUUGAGGAAAAAUAUUCAUAUCAAAUACCAAGAAAAUGGCUCUGCAUUCACCAGAAAUGAUGAAGAAUGUAAUUGGAUAAGCUGAAGUGGCCUCUUUUUUGUUUUUUAAUCUCUGUUGCUGGCUAGGAGAAUUCAGCAGGACAGUUAUGGGGUGAGGUGUGUUACUAAAGAAAAUUGAGUGACUGCUUUUGACAAAAUCAUUCCUGCAUACAUCUCUUAACACCAACAGUGGUGGUCCAGUGGGGGUGAAUUAUGUCCAUGAUUUCUGUUUUUACAGGCAAUUUUUGAUUUGAAUUAAAACUUGCUUUUUCCUGUUGGAAUUAGAGUUUGGGCAUUUUUAUCUUUUAGUUUUUCUCAAGCUUUUCAUCUACACUGGAAUAAACUCUGUACAUUGAAGAAAUUAAGCAAGACUUGCAAAGUACCUUCAGAGUUUGUGGUGCUGAGCUUGCACAAGUGUUGCACAAUGUCUACCUCUAGUCAGUGGAGCUAAGGGGGAUAAAUGGUGCAUUUACCAUUCACACACAGACCUAAGACUUCCUCACUCUCAUUAGAGUUUGUUUGAUAACAUAGAAUGCAAGAGAUUGGUUAGAGAAACAUAUAGCAGUCAUUUGUUUGGAAGAAUAAGGAAAGAGCCAGUGGGAUUUGGGGAUUUUUUUAGUGGCUCUUCCACACUCCUAAAUUUGCUGUUUCUGACAGGAUUUGGCAUUACUGCAAUAGUUUGCUGGUGGAAAUGCGUGUAUUUUUUAAAUGAAAAUGGAUAGCUAGAAAUUCUUAAAGACAAUAAUAGGACAAAAUUGAUUCUUGUACAUUUCUAUAAAAUCUGUCCCAAAUUAUAAAGCAAAAAAAUUAGUAUUAAUUACAGUAAA